AUGGAGUACUCGGAGGAUGCCUCGUCGCUGGCCUCGACGUCAGCCACCUCCUAUGGCCUCCUGGAGGAGCGGCCGGACGGCAACGGCAACGGCAAGCGGCCCAAGGGUGCUUGCCUGCGCGAUGCGAGCUCAUCGGACCUACCCGGCAGCGUUUCCGACCUGAUGAGCAGCUCCUCGGACGGCAACAUGUGCGGGUACAGCAUCGAGGAGGCGCUCAACGCCGCGGGCCUGGGCAAGUUCCAGUGGCUGCUGAUGCUGUACGUCGGAAUGGCGUGGUUCGGGGACGCCAUGGAAAUGAUGCUGCUGUCUUUCCUGAGCCCCGAGGUGUCAUGCCAGUGGGGCCUUUCUGGCUCCCAGGAGAGCUGGAUUUCCAGUGUUGUGUUCAUUGGUAUGUGCUUCGGAGCUUACACGUUUGGCUCACUGUCUGACGUGAUGGGUCGGAAAGUGGGAAUCUUUGCAACAGCGGCGUUCACAUCGGUGAUGGGGCUGGCAAGUGCAGCAGCACCAAACUAUGAGACAUUGCUGUUGUUCAGAGGCCUGGUUGGCGUUGGACUUGGUGGUGUGCCUGUGGCAUUUGCCAUGCUGGCAGAGGUCACACCCGCCAAGCACCGUGGUACCUUUUUGAUCAUCAUGGAGAUCUUCUGGUCCCUUGGAGCCGUCUUCCAGGCAGGCGUUGCUUGGUGGAUUUUGCCCCGCUGGGGAUGGAGGGCUCUGCUUGCAGUCUCAGCACUACCACUGAUUUUCCUCCUUUUCUUCUAUCCCAUCAUCCCCGAGUCUCCACGGUUCCUGGCCUCCAGUGGCCAGAGGCAGGCAGCGAUAGAGGUGCUUGAGAAAAUCGCGAAGACCAAUGGCACACAGCUGCCCUCUGGGACGCUGACCACUGUGGCCCACAAGAGUGACAAGUUUUCUGGACUGAACGAAGACUGGUUGGCAGAGAUCAUCGGCCAGUUCCCAAGGUUAUUUUCCCCAUCCCUCUGGUCUACAACAAUGGUAGUCUGGUCCUUGUGGUUUGCUUCUGCGUUGGGCUACUACGGCGUCAUCCUGAUGACAACAGAGCUGCAUGCGGGCACCUCAGGCGCAUGCACAUCGGGCAUCUUCACCUUCGCCGACGGGGACUACUCGUCGAUCUUCAUUGACUCGCUGGGAGAGCUCCCGGUGUUUGCUGUAGCCUUGCUUGUUGAUGUUGUUGGACGAAAAUGGCUGCUUGUUGGCUGCUUCCUGGCCAGCAUGGUGAGUCUCAGCCCUCUGCUCUUCACCCUCGAGUACUCCACCCUGUCCCUGUUCCUGGGCCGGCUGUUCGUGGAGUCCGCCUUCAACGUGACCUAUGUGUACACGCCCGAGGCUUACCCCACUUACGUGCGCACAUACGCCCUGGGCGUGGCAAACAUGUUUGGGAGGAUCGGUGGCGUGAUGGCGCCCUUCAUCGCACAGGACGUGCUGCGAAAGACAACCGUCGUCGGUACCCCACCCACAGUGGCGGUGGGCAUCUUCAUGGGGAUGUCCUUAUAUGGGGCAUUCUCUGCAGGUAUGAUCCCCAGGGAGACUGCGGGCAAGGCGUUGAUGGAGGACGACGAGGACGAGGAUGAGUCCAAGGCUGAGGGCAGGGACAAGGGGGUGAAGCAGAGGCUGCUGGCAGCGCCUGUCGACAUUGAGGGCGAGGGAUUUGAGGGGCCCUGA